CAAAUCACUAAUGACCUAUUGGCAUCUUUUAUGGAGAACACCAAACAGAUCAGCAGAUUGGAGGCCACAGUUGCUACCAUGAGCUCCAUUGUCAUGUCCAUGAACACCUAACUUUCCAACAUGGAAAGCAUGCAGUUUCAACAAAAGGGAGAACCCACAACCUUAAGUGUUGAACAAAAUAAAGAAGAGUGCAUGAAAGCUACCCUAAUCUUGGCUCCUCUUCAACCACAAAUUCCAUUAUUUUCACAGAAAAAGUCAAAGUUGAAUAAGUGGUUUAAAAAAUCAUUUGAUGUGUUUUGCAGGUCACAGAGUAAUUCCCAGUUUUUAGCAACUCUGCAAUAUGUUCCCAGUUAUGCCAACAUGCUGAAGGAGAAGGCAGACAAGAGUGUUCCACUUAUCCUUGGGAAACCCUGGUUAGACAUGUGCAAAGAAGUAAUUGAUAGAGUGCAAGAAGAGAUUCCAAUAAGUGAGAAAGAGGAAAAGUACAUUUGCCGCAUUCAAAAGGUUAUGAUAGAACAUGAAAAGAUGCAAGAAGAAGAAAGGAUCUGGAAAGAGGAUCAGAGACUGCGGCAGCCAAGGAUUAAAUUCAGAGAUUCUCAGACACAAAAAGAGAGGAAAACUGCCUAA